GUACAUAGUUACUAAAGUACACACACGACGGAAUCGUGUUCUCAUUAAAUGUACUGCUCAUGCAGCUGCUCGGUAAUCUAACAGCAACGAUUGGAGCAUGGCUGACGAAGGAUCUGACACAUCUAAAAAGAAUGAUAUCCUAAGGGACAGCAAUGCCGACAGCAAAGUGCCAGAUGAAACCGAAUGCGAUGAUGCUGAUAAAACUCCGCUCACGAUAACCACUACGAAAAAUGCUUUAAUAACGACACAGUUGGAUCCGUGCGAUGCCUAUCCGCAUUCUAUCAAAAUUUCGAUCGUGGGUGCAAGAAAAGUUGGAAUGGCUUGUGCUAUCGCAAUUUUGAUGAGACGGAUAGCGAGUGAAGUCUGUUUGAUCGAUCAAAAUUCAGACAAAGCUUCUGCUGAAGCCGAGGACAUUCAGCACGCUAGUAUUUUUCUAGGAUGCCCUCUGGUAGUUGGCACAUCAGAUAUCUACAAGGUAAAAGAUUCGGCGGUAGUAGUAAUUGCGGUUUGUGAAAAGAAACUUGAAGAGGAGAUCAAUAUCAAACACAACAUCGAGAUAUUCAAGAAAAUCAUUCCUACAAUUGCAAAGUUGGCUUGUAAGGCGGUGUUAUUAGUUGCGUCUCAACCGAUCGACGUGAUGUCGUACGUCACCUGGAAGUUGUCCAAAUUUCCUUCAAGCAGAGUACUUGGCACGGGAACUCUGCUUGAUAGCUGCAGGUUUCAGGAUUUACUGAGUCGAAAAUUGGGACUGGCGCGAACGUCAAUCAAUUGCAUGAGUAUCGGUGCACAGGGCGACACAUCUGUUUCCAUAUGGUCGAGCGUUCACGUGGCGGGCACGAAGAUACGAGACAUAAACCCUCAAAUGGGAGAGGCGGAUGAUCCCGAGAAGUGGCGUGACAUUUCCGAAGCUGUAAAUAAAAUCGACACGGUGCUUAAUCGGAAGAAGGGUGAAAGAGGACCGAACUGCUGGGCUCUCGGCUUCUGCACUGCUGAGAUCGUCGAUGCCAUCGUCAGGAAUACUAAAGUCGUAUUGCCAGUGUCGACGUAUAUACAAAGUUGUGUUCAUGGGACCGAUAAAGACGUGUACAUGUCGGUACCCUGUGUUCUCGGUCGGGAAGGUGUGUACACCACGGUGCGACAGAAGCUGAACGAUCAGGAAAAGACGGCGAUACAACGAUGUGCCGACAGCGUCCGCGAUGUGCUACGUGAGUGUGGCAUUCUUUGCGAAUCAAAUGACAUUAAAGAGUGACAACCGGUAGACCGGUAGACCGAGAAAAAGAGGAGAGCGAAAAACGAAUGGAUGCGAACGGAUAUGUGGCGCGGAAAUAGCGAGGAAGAGGAAAUGGAGUGAAGAGAAGGAACGACGUUUUAGAAUACAUCUUCAUCAAUAAGGGCAAUGCUGCACCUGGUAACCGGUUUUCUGCAUGCGUACAUUCGAUCGUCAUAAUAAACGAUAUAUGAGUGAAACUCGACUUCCUGGAAAAUUAAACCAGCCACGUUCUCCUAAGAUUGCCUGCGAACGGUACACGCUACAAUAUUCCACGCGUGCGGAGCUUAUUAUCGUUUCUUUUUUACUCGAUCGAAUUUUGAUUUACGCAACCGAACGAUGUA